CGAAUCCCGAGGCGGUGGGGCCCGGGUUGUUUUGGUUCCGGGAGGUGAUGCCUGGGAAGGCGGGGAACAUGGAAGAAGCCCAAGCGGGCGCCGAGGAGUCGGGGGCCGAAGAGUACGGCCCUGAAGAGCACGGCCGGGAGGACUCAGGCGGCGAGGAGUCCGGCCCGGAAGAGUCGGACGCAGAGGAGUUGGGCGCCGAGGGGGACAUGGAGGCGGGGCGGCCGCGGCCGGUGCUGCGCUCGGUGAACUCGCGCGAGCCGUCUCAGGUCAUCUUCUGCAACCGCAGCCCGCGCGUUGUGCUGCCAGUGUGGCUCAACUUCGACGGCGAGCCGCAGCCCUAUCCGACGCUGCCGCCGGGCACGGGCCGCCGCAUGCACAGCUACCGAGGUCACCUUUGGCUCUUCCGUGAUGCAGGGACCUACGAUGGGCUUCUGGUUAACCAAACUGAGUUAUUUGUGCCAUCUCUCAAUGUUGAUGGACAGCCUAUUUUUGCCAACAUCACACUGCCAGUGUAUACCCUGAAAGAGCGGUGCCUCCAGGUCAUCCGAAGCCUAGUCAAACCUGAGAAUUACAGACGAUUGGACAUCGUCAGAUCACUUUACGAAGAUCUGGAAGACCACCCAAAUGUGAGGAAGGACCUGGAGCGGCUGACACAGGAACAUUUUGAAAAUCAAAGGAUGGAAGAGGAGACUGAAGAUUUCCAUUGA